GUGGCCGAGAAGGAGCCCCUGCUCAGUAACAACAACCCCUACGCGUCCUUCGGAGCCACCCUGGCGCGGGAUGAGGAGCAGAACCUGUGGAGCACUCCCCACGACGUGACCCACACCGAGGCCGACGACGACCGCGUGCUCUACAACAUGAUCGUGGUCAGGAACCAGCUGGACAAAGACUCGGAGGAGUGGCAGAAGCUCAACUAUGACAUUUAUACUUUGCGGCAGACCCGGAAAGAAGUGAGGAGCAGGUGGAAACACAUUUUGGAGGAUUUAGGUUUCCAGAAGGAAGCAGAUUCCCUCUUGUCAGUGACCAAACUCAGCAUCAUCAGCGACUCUCAGAACAUGAGCAAGGCCCGGGACAUCUUGUUAAAGCUCUCAGAAGAGACCAACAUCUUCCCUACCAGCUGGGAGCUUUCUGAGCGCUACCUCUUUGUGGUGGACCGGCUCAUCGCCCUGGACGCCGCUGACGAGUUCUUCAGGAUGGCCAGCGCGGUGUAUCCCAAGCGGCCGGGCGGGGACGAGGCCCCAGGGCCCCCGCAGAGCGGCCCGGCCGCGGUGCCCUGAGGCUGAGGCUGAGCCCAGCCGGGCUGGCACGGCCAGCGCUCCGGGACAGGCGCGGAGAGGAGCGUCCUUGUUCCCCUGCGGAGAAGCGCCAGGGCGGCCGGAGCGGGGCAGGGAGGCAGCGAGCCGUGGCCAGCGGAGCGCACGGAAAGGCGGACGCUGGCCCCGAGGUGCUCCCGGGCACGAGGGGGUGACAGCUGCCCUGAAGUAGCCCCGGUAGGACACCACUGGCCAGUAGUGUACGCAGUAGGCACGGGGAGGAUCAGUGAGGAAAUCCACCUUCCCACCUUCCGCCGGUACCUGCCACUGUCCCCUCCCCUGAGCCUGCCAGCCAGGAGGAGCAGCGAGAGAGGAAAAACAUCUCCGUCAUCUACAGCUCCAUGACUCUGGGCACUGGUCCUCUUCCUCACCCCAGCCCUCCAGGCAGGUCCCAAGGGAUUUGGGAAAGAGGCAGGAGCCUUGCCAGGACAGGAUUUAAUUCCAGGCAGCAAAGCCUUGGAGCAGUGUCACAGCUGGGUGAUCCAUCCCCAGCCAUUAGUUCUCGAGGGAUGUUUUUGUCAGGGGUCCUCAGCCUGACAUCUUAAAAGAAGGUCAUCAUUCAGGAAGGUGCCAACUUCAGAGCUGCUGAGAAUUUGGCUCCUGGAACAUUGGUUUCCCAGCAUCUCAAUCUAUUUUGAAAAGUUUUGGUCUUAAUUGCCUAAAAAACCCCACCACAAAGCUGCAUGUACUGGCAAUAUAAAAAUCCUCACUACCAGCAGGGAUGGUAUAAUAAACAUCCUUUUUAUCUUGA